AUGCCGUGUCCACCUGGAAGUGGUCUGGCCGUUGCGCUGGCGAUCAGCGUGGGCACCAUCCUCUUCCUCGGCGGCAGCUUCCUGUAUGAAUGGUACACGCAGCGCAGCGAGGCAGCGCACGCGGAGGAGGUUGAAACAGGCUACUACCGCCUGCCACCGCCGAAAGACUGCGCGGCGGCGUGCGUGAAGGCGAUCGAGGAGGACCUGUUGGAGCAGAGGCUGGAGUUUGGCGGCGGUGUCAGGCGGCAGGAGGCGCACGGCAGCGGUCGCGGCAGUCACCGUGGGAUGUGCGUCUGCUGUUUUGAGCGGCGGCAGCGGUUCAUGUUUGUGCUGUGCCGCCACAUCUGCCUCUGCGAGCCCUGCCUCAUUCAGGCUGCCCGCACCUACGAGGAAACGGUGUUGCUCGGGUCGUUUGAUGGCCCGGUGAAGAUGCCGUGCCUUGUGUGUCGCAGGGUCAGCUACAUUGUGAAGAUAUUUGCAUCAUAG